CCUGCAUCCUAACGGGAGCAUCACUGCGCACCGAGCGGAGCACCGACAUAGAGACCGACGCAGCGAGCGGACGACACCUCCGUCAGCCGACGUAUGAAGGCUUUCUUUCCCGGAUCAGCGGCUUGUUUUCGGUGAUUCUCCUCUCGUCCGUCGCUCCUCUAUGGAUGUGAAGUAAAAGCGGGCGGUAGUCAGUCGGUGUCCUCUCAUCUGUGCGCUCUUUCUCCCCGCUCGGUCAGGACCGCAUCCUGCCCCGAUCCACAAAAUGGCGGAUAUCAGCGAGCUGGGACCCGCCUACGCCAUGUCUCCGGUGCUGGCGGGCUUCCUGGGGGCUGGUGUUUUGGUUUUGGUCGUGGUGGUUCUGGUGCUGCUCUGGUCCUUCUGUCAGCGCCGUUACCUCCGAAUCUCUGGGCGCUACAAGCUGCACGGGGACCGUUACUAUGACUCAGAGGAUCCGCCCUACAAGUUCAUCCACAUGCUAAAGGGGAUCAGCAUUUACCCAGAAUCCCUCAGCAGCAGCAAAAGGAUCGUGCGCGGCAUCCGGCGUGCCGACCGCUCCGACCGUGACGGAGAGCGAGGCUGCACCACAGCGGGCACCGCUGGGAGGGGGAUGGUGCUUGUGGACGCUGAGAACAACAUCCUGGACGUCCCCGGUCAGCUGCAGAUGAGUCACCUGGUCCCUCCUGCCGGCGCAGACGCCGCCCACGGCCAGGGUCGGCUGGAGCGGGCUUUACCGGUGCGUGCUGACUACUGCUGCCUGGACAGCAGCUCGGCCAGCAGCAGCCAGACCAGCAGCAAGACGGCGUCCCCCUUUACCCCCGCCUCCUCAGAGCCCGAGCCCGAGCCCAGCCUGGGCUCCAUCAGCCUCACCGUCGACUACAACUUCCCCAAGAAGGCUCUGGUAGUGACCAUCGUCGGCGCCCGGGGCCUCCCCGCCAUGGACGAGCAGGCGGGUAGUUCAGACCCCUACGUGAAGAUGACCAUCCUCCCCGAGAAGAAGCACCGCGUCAAGACCCGCGUCCUGAGGAAGACCCUGGACCCGCUGUUUGAUGAGACCUUCACUUUCUACGGCGUGGCCUACAGCUCGCUGCCUGAGCUCACCCUGCACUUCCUGGUCCUCAGCUUUGAUCGCUUUGCCCGCGAUGAUGUCAUCGGGGAGGCAGUGGUGCCGCUGAAGGGCGUGGACCCGAGCACGGGCCGAGUCCACCUGAGCCAGCAGAUCACCAAGAGGAACAUGCAGUGCGAGAGCCGUGGAGAGCUGCUGGCGUCUCUGUCCUACCAGCCGGUGUCUCAUCGCCUCAGCGUGGUCGUCCUGAAGGCUCGACACCUCCCCAAGAUGGACAUCACCGGCCUGUCAGCCAACCCCUAUGUGAAGGUGAACGUCUUCUAUGGCCGAAAGCGCAUCGCCAAGAAGAAGACCCACGUGAAGAAGUGCACGCUAAACCCGGUCUUCAAUGAGUCCUUCAUCUACGACAUCCCGCCCGAGCUUCUGCCUGAGAUCUCCGUGGAGUUCCUGGUGGUCGACUUCGACCGGACCACCAAGAACGAGGUCCUGGGUCGCCUCCUGCUCGGCCUCCACAGCCCCUCCCCCUCUGGAGCCUCCCACUGGAGGGAAGUGUGCGAAAACCCCCGCCGGCAGAUCUCCAAAUGGCACAACCUGAGCGAGUACUGAGGGAGGAGCACCGCCAGAAACCAGCCGACACCACCCACUGGCUGGGACUCCACCAGUGAAGCCACUGGGAAAUAAAGACUCAGUGUACAGCACAUACACACACACACACACAGACACACACAUACAUACAUAAAACAACACACAGUCACACUGUUGUGAUCAUAGGUAAACUCUCUCCCUCUAUUAUCUCUCUCUACCACCACUACAUCUGCAAAGUAUAAGAAGAAUCCUGCAGCUCUUUACAGCCAGUAAACAAACCAUGACGUCCAUCUCUAAGACUGUUCUCGUGUCUCCUCUGGCUGUCGAUGUGUGUCGACGGGGGAAGGAAUGCUCAAAUAUGAUUAAAAGAAAAAAAAGAAAUGUGAGAAAAAAGAAAAAGAUCCCCCUCUUGCUGUUGUUGCCAUGCAGUUCAUUGCAUGUCCGUCUGAAAAGAAAAAAAAAAUCACUCCAAAUGAAGAGUUGAGAUCUGUGACAUCACCACGACAGGAAGAAAUUUCAGCUCUGAUAGAAAAUAUGAUGAAAAUACUACAUAUAAACUGAAACGCUGAAUAUAUCCAAGUAACGAUUACUCCUCUGUAGGACCGAAUACUGCUGCAAAGAAUCGCUCCGACGCUCAGUCGAGGUUGCAUUUGCGGGAGUUGUUGUUCUCAGACAGCAGCGUGCUCUCUGCCUGCAGAUCAUUUUCACCCACCGCUCCUGCAGCAGAUCGUACGACCGCACCUGACCCCGGAGGAAGUGCACUCGGCCUCGUUUCAACGUGGAUUCAGUCAGAACCUCCUGACUGACCCUAGAUCGUUUGAAAUCAGCUCCUGCUCAUGAAGACUGAAAGAUUAUGUAAAAUACUUGUUUGUAACAUGAAUGCAUUCCUCUAAUUUAGACUGCGAGUGACGCAGAGGGCGGCCGUGGUGCUUGGUGAUGUUUCAGCUGUUCUAUCUUCAGAACAAAAACGCCUGAGAGCUUUUUAUCACAGAACGGCAUCAUGCUGUGGAGAAAUAUUCAUGCAUUCAUUCAGGAAUGUAGCCCUUAAAGAGAAGCUAGUUUACCACAGGAGUGCUGUAGUUAUGAGGAUAACACUCGCUUUAAAUGAUGGGAGGCAAAUAACUUCAGGGCUUAAAACUGAAACUAAUGUGGAAGUGCUAAAACCUGCAGCUCCUCUAAACACUGUUCAGGCAGCUGGGUGAAAAUUCAGAAAAGAAAACAACCAAAAUAAAGUCUGAAAACCUGAAAGGACAUUAAAAAGCAAUGAAAUCUGCAGCAUACUGCAGUUAAUGAAUAGAAUUCAGCUGACCGUCGAAAGUAAAAAAGGACUUUUACGUCUUUAUAGUUCGAGUACCUCUUGCUAAAAGUAUAGUAACCAGAAACAUCAGAUGUAGCUUUUGUUGCUUACGACAGCGGUCCCCAACCCCCGGGCCUCGGACCGGUACCGGUCCGUGAGUCGUUUGGUACCGGGCCGCGAGAGUUGAGGCUCAGGUGUGAAAUGUAUGGUUUUCAGGGUUUUUAUCGGUUUUCAGCGUUAUUUUGUUAUCGUUUUUAUCGUUAACUCGCUUUUCCUGGGUCUUUUCACGUGUGUUAUGAAUAAAUCUUCUUUUUUUCAGUACCGGUACUAGUUUUAUUUUGUUGUGUUUAUCCGCGACACCUUAAAGGCCGGUCCGUGAAAAUAUUGUCGGGCAUAAACCGGUCCGUGGCGCAAAAAAGGUUGGGGACUGCUGGCUUACGACACUUGCUGGAAAACGCUGGACAUCCUGAAAUCCAACAGUCCACAUUCUACAGAAAGGCACUUUACUGUCAUGUGACUAAAGUCCACCAAGUAGUGUGUGUCAGGGCUGUUCAGUACACGCAUUCAAAACUAAUUAAGGCUUGUUCAUAAAAGUCUGAAUGUAAUUCAGCAUUGUGACACAGUCAUUCUUGAUUUAUUGAGGUCUUUAAAAGCUCUGAUGGCAGACAUCCACUCCAAAGGUCAGACUUCCAUCUUCCAUCUUGGACAUAGAGGUUGGAUGUAGGUACCGUGACAUCAGCUUUUGGUCCCUGUGAAAUCGAGGGAACUGAACACUCCUGCUUUUUAACUCUCAUAAAAAAUGACAUCAUGCUGUGUUCAUAACGACCCAAACUGUCAGGUGAAAUGAUAAAUUCAUCAUAAAAGUGAUAACAAAUAGGAUUUCAUUUCCUCAGUUCUUUCAGACUUCAGGCUUCUUAUUCCAGCCCUCGCCGCCCCCUGCUGGUCAUUAGAAGGAACUGCUUCCACAUUGGGUUCACUUUUCAGACUCUGAACUUAUGUUCAUCUUCUGUAUCCAGCCUUUAUUUCUGCUGAUUAGGCUCCACCUUCUCGUCUAAAUAUGGUCAUCCUGGCACUGAACGCUGAUGGGAUGUGAAACAUGCUCGGUGACCACGGCAGCGCUCCUCUGCUUCACUGCGCUCUCUCUCUGUCUCAUUUUGUACAUUUCCCUCUCCUCCAUCACAUUGAGACUCUGAUUUGCACUGCUUUGUAAAGCGUAUCUCUUCCUCUGUGAAUGUUCCCCUGCAGCCAGCUGGUGGCGCUGUUUUAUAUUACUUUGUUCCUACAAGCCCAGUGAAUGUGUCUGAGGUGACGUUGGACUUUGGCUUCAUGUUUUCUUACUGACGAGUUUGUUUGAGUGAUGACACACUGUGAGUUUAGUCUUGAAAGCACAUUUUAACCCCAGUUUAACUUUAACCUUGAAUCUGCUCAACAGCUUGCUUACUAGUGCAGAGAGUAAUAAACUUUGUGUAAGUUUCACUUUGAAUCAUAGAGAGGUGAAGAAAACACGCCACCUGAAGCCUGAUCUCCAUCGACGCCCUCGGAUUCAAACUGUGACCUGCUGAUGGACGGACAGACAGACAGACUGAGUGUACAUUUGUACAGAUGUGAAGAUGUUUGCUGGUUUCCUUCCUGUCCGAUGUUCUCAGAGCUUUAGUGUGUUUGAGCGCCCCCUGCUGUAGACCUGGAUGCUAACCUCUGUGUUGGGUUUGUUAACACUCAUUGGACGUACAAAUAAAAACAAGUUAUCCAUGA